AUGUCUCAUACCCCAUCCAGCUCGCCUUCCAGACCGCCCAUGACAUGCCAUUCAUCAUCCAACGGAACCGAUCUCCAAUCGCGCGAGGAGAUCGCUAUAAAGCUCACACACGUUCGAGAUAACCCUGAGGUGCUCCGAGGCGAGAUGAAGACAUACGAGGCGCUGUCCGGGGCGGUCGGCAUUCCACAAGUACGGUGGUUCGGGCAGGAAUGCGAUUACUACGCGCUUGUCCAUGACCUCCUUGGUCCAUCGCUCGAACAUUUAUUCAACUAUUGCGGCCGAAAGUUUUCGCUCAAGACCAUCCUCAUCGCCGACCAGGCCGACUUCCUCCAUCGCGACAUCAAGCCGGACAACUUUUUGAUGGGGACCGGCAAGCAGGGAAACACCCUCUACACCAUUGAUUUUGGCCUCGCCAAGGAGUUCUCCGAUGCUGAGCGUUGCAAGAAUGCGGAGGGUCUCCCGCUAGGCGGUACCACACGGUACGCGAGCAUCAACAACCACAACGGCCGCCAACAGUCUUGGGGGGACGACCUAGAGUCCCUCGGAUACAUCUUCGUGUAUUUCGCCCGCGGCUCUUUGCCGUGGCAGGGCCUGAAGGCCGCAGCGGACGAGAAGGAGAAAAAGAUCAAGGAGAUGAAGGAGAGUCUAUCUGGCGAAGCGCUCUGUGACGGCUUUCUCCCCAGAGAAUUCGCCACGUACAUCGACUACACCCGGUCCCUAGGUUUCCACGACAGGCCCGACUAUUCAUACCUUCGGGGGCUCUUCCGUCGUCUGUUCCACGCCAAGGGGUUCAAGCACGACAAUGUCUUCGACUGGAAGGAGAAACGGUUCUACGAGAUACAGAGCAAAGUCAACAGCACACGGUUGGGAGAAUGCAGGGGUGGGAGGAAGGAGGGCACACCGGUGAGCAUCGGGAGGGGAGGAGCGUCAUAA